GUCAGCGGCCCAUAUUAACAUGAUCUCCGUCACUAUUGAACUGAAAUUAAUUAUUAAUUACCUCCCUCUAGACCGGGGGUUCUUUGUCUAGUUACAUAUCUGAUGCAUAAUAAUGUGCUCUAUUGCCGCCCCCUGUCACACGGAUCGAAGGAUCCUUCGUUUCGACUACCCUCCAAGCCAGGAAAAAUGGUGACCAGCUCUGUGCUCCUAACUGGCGCAAAUGGCUCCCUCGCCAUCCCAGCCGUCCAUCACCUACUCUCCACCUAUCCCAACAUAACCGCAAUUCUGACGGUGCGUAAUCCGUCCGCCUCUUUAGACCACAAUACGCGGCGUCUACAAGAAACUAUCGCCCCAUUCAAGGACCGUGUGAGCAUCCAUGCUCUUGACCUAGCUAAUCUCGCUGUUGUCCAUGACUUCGCUCGCUCGUUGGCCUCGGAGAUCGCCUCAGGGAAAAUACCCCCACUAGCUAGCAUUAUCUGUAAUGCGUUUCAUUGGAAUCUCGUUGGUCCUCUACAGCUAACCAGCGAUGGUUAUGAGAAAACUUUCCAGGUCAAUCAUCUCUCUCAUGCAGCGCUCAUUCUGCAUUUAUUGGGCUCCUGUACCUCAAAUGCCCGCAUCAUUCUUUUCGCCAGCGAUGCCCAUUGCCCCGGUAAGAAUUCACUAGAAAAGUACCCGCCAUCUUUACCAGAUGUAGAAGAACAGAAGGGCGAAGGACAAGUCGACAUCAACUCCCUUGUUCAUCUUAAAAACACAGAGACAAAUGAGGACCCUCUCGGCCACGGAUUCCACCGCUAUGCCGUCUCCAAACUCGCCAUCAUAGCCUGGAUGUACGCACUGAAUCGUCGUCUCCAAGCCGCUACUAGGCAGGAAGAGGAUGAAGAAAGUGACAACCGCCAUGUCUAUUUAAAGCACGGCAUUACGGCUAUUGCGGUCAAUCCAGGAAACCUGAGUGACUCACGGGCAUUGCGGGUGAAUACGCCCACCAGUAUCCGGAUAAUGUCGCGGAUGAUUAUAAAGCCCUUGAGUCCGUUGUUACGAGCGUUGGUAGAUCCAACCAUGCGAAAAGCCAGUGACGCUGGGGUAGAUGUGAUCAAUUUAGCAGUUGGAGAGAAUUAUUCACAUGCAGAAGGGUAUUUUACAUUGCGAAAGAAGGAUGAGAGUUCGCCAGAGAGUAUGGAUGAGAAGAAACAGGAACUUUUGUGGCGGAAGACGCUGGAAUGGACAGGGAUUAGCGCAGAGGAUACCGUGCUUGCUCUGUGAAUUUCUUUUGUUCUUUCCUUUAGCUUUUCUGACCAAUGGAUUUAUCUAGUUUUCUGUAUGAAAUAGUAAAAACAGAUCAGUAGUGGCUAUUAUUUAUCAGUCGUAGUACACCAAACUGCCCUGGCUUUGAUUCUAAAGUAGAAAUGCCGAUAGACAGCAUAGGGUAAGAAAGGUGAUUAAUCCUCUUUAUUUCUUGCAAACCGU